GCGGGACUUCCGCCGUCCUCCUGGAGGUGGUCGUUUUGGUUCUAUCUGGUGUUUUCGCUAGCUCCGGCCUAUGGCGCGCUCUGACGUCACCGAAGUGACGGAGCGGAGAAGCGCGAGAAACGGCUUGGUUCCCACCCCGCAGAGAGGGGAGUGACGUUCAGCUGACAAGGGCUAGGGACUGCGCGUCCUUGUCUUGCCUUUGUCGCCCCCGCCCCGCUCUUCCCCGGCUGGGCUGGCGGAGGCCUUGCCGAUGAACCUGACUGAGGACGGAAUUGGGGAAGUCCGCACAAAAAGCAGAUUUCCGGGAGAUCACAGGUUGGAUUUUGGACAUGGCGAUUCUCAAAUGUCUCAAGAUGGGGUCCCCUGGCUGGCAGAAAUGGACCCUGCACACGACCGUGUGGUCUUUGAGGACGUGGCCAUAUAUUUCUCCCAGGAGGAGUGGGGGCACCUUGAUGAGGCUCAGAGAUUGCUGUACCGCGAUGUGAUGCUGGAGAAUUUGGCCCUUUUGUCCUCACUAGGUUGUUGGCAUGGACCUGAGGAUGAGGUGGCACCUUCACGGCAAGGUUUUUCUGCAGGAGUGUCAGAGGUUACAACUUCACCAAAGUCCUGUAUGUUCACCCAGAAGAUCCACCCUCGUGAGAUGGGAGACCCACCCUUGAAAGACACUCUGUGCCUGGUUGAGCACAAUGGAAUUCAUCCUGAGCAAGACAUAUAUAUUUGUGAGGCAGAGCUUUUUCAGUGCUCAGAGCAGCAAAUUGGAGAGAAUCUUUCCAGAGGGGACAAUUUGAUACCUUCAUUUGGGAAGAACCACAGAAUUCACAUGGCGGAGGAGAUCUUCACAUUCAUGGAGGGUUGGAAGGACUUAUCAGCCACCUCAUGCCUUCUCCAGCAACAGGCCCCUCAAAGCGAGUGGAAGCCAUACAGGGACACAGAGGACAGAGAAGACUUUCAGACUGGACAAAAUGAUUACAAGUGUAGUGAAUGUGGGAAAACCUUCACCUACAGAUAUUCACUUGUUGAGCACCAGAAAAUCCACACAGGAGAAAGAUCUUAUGAAUGUAACAAAUGUGGGAAAUUUUUUAAGUACAGUGCCAAUUUCAUGAAACAUCAGACAGUUCACACUAGUGAAAGGACUUACGAGUGCAGAGAAUGUGGAAAAUCAUUUAUGUACAACUACCGACUCAUGAGACAUAAGAGAGUUCACACUGGAGAAAGGCCUUAUGAGUGCAACACAUGUGGGAAAUUCUUUCGGUACAGCUCCACAUUCGUUAGACAUCAGAGAGUUCACACUGGAGAAAGGCCAUAUGAGUGCAGGGAAUGUGGGAAAUUCUUUAUGGACAGCUCCACGCUCAUUAAACAUCAGAGAGUUCACACUGGAGAAAGACCUUAUAAGUGCAAUGAUUGUGGGAAAUUUUUUAGGUAUAUCUCCACACUCAUUAGACAUCAGAGAAUUCACACUGGAGAAAGGCCGUAUGAGUGCAGUGUAUGUGGGGAACUGUUUAGGUACAACUCCAGCCUCGUUAAACAUUGGAGAAAUCACACUGGAGAGAGGCCUUAUAAAUGCAGUGAAUGUGGGAAAUCAUUUAGGUACCACUGCAGACUCAUUAGACACCAGAGAGUCCACACGGGAGAAAGGCCUUACGAGUGCAGCGAAUGUGGGAAAUUCUUUCGUUACAACUCCAACCUCAUUAAACAUUGGAGAAAUCACACUGGAGAAAGGCCUUAUGAGUGCAGAGAGUGUGGGAAAGCCUUUAGCCACAAGCAUAUACUUGUUGAGCACGAGAAAAUCCACAGUGGAGAAAGACCUUAUGAGUGUAGUGAAUGCCAGAAGGCCUUUAUUAGAAAGUCUCACCUGGUUCAUCACCAGAAAAUCCACAGUGAAGAGAGGUUUAUGUGCUCCAUGAAUGUGGGGAAUUCUUCAGCUACAACUCCAACCUCAUUAAACAUCAGAGAUUUCACAAUGGAGAAAGUUUACCAUUGACCAUUGUAAUUGGGUAGUAAUGUUAUAUAAAUUCCACCUUUUUAUGUAACUAAUCUCCAGAACAUUUUUCCUCUUACAAAAAAAGUAAAAUGCUGUACCUAUUAGAAACAACUCAAUUCCCUUUCCUACUGUCCCCAGAAAUGUCUCAACUAUAUUUCUAUACUCUGUGUCUAUGAAUUUGUUAUCUAUUGGUACCUCAUGUAGGUGGAUUCAUACAGUAUUUGUCUUUUGAGACUGGCUUAUUUCACUUAGGAUAAGGUCUUCAUGGUUCACCCAUGUUGUAUAAUGUGUCAGAAUAUCCUUCCUUUUUAGGUGAAACAAUAUUCUAUGGUAUGUAUAUACUCCUUUUAUUUAACCAUUCAUUUGUUAAUGGAUGCUUGGGUUACUUCCACCUUUUGAAAUAAUGCUGCUAUGAAGAUGAGUAUACAAGUGUCUAUUCAAGAUUCUACUUUUGAUUCUUGAUGGGUUUAUACUCCAAAAUGGUGGUGCUGGAUCUUAUAGGAUUUCUAUUUUUAAUAUUUUUGAGAAAACUUUUUUCAUAGUACCUGUGGCAUUUUACAUUCCCACUAGCAGUGCACAAGAAUUGCAGUCUAUAUACAUCCUCACCAACAUUGUUCAUUUUCUAUUUCUGUUCUUUGGGAUUUUUUUGUUGUGCCUUUUGUUUUGGAUAGCAGGUAUCGUGUUGGAUGCAAGGUGGAAUCUCAGUGUCUUUCAUUUUUAUUUUGUGAAUGAUUAAUGAUGUUGAGCAUCU